GAAGGUCUUUUGUCUGUCAGUACUCUCGCUGCGGUUGGACCAUGUUCUCGCUCCCCCCUCGUCACUAACAAGCGAGCGAGCACUUUCCCGACCCCUCUCUCUCUCUCCAUUGCCAUGAUGCUCCUCAACUCACAUCGCCUGCUUCCGUCGUCGUCUGCUGCCCGGGCUGUUGUAAUCCGCGGACUUUGUGAGCAGUUGCCAUAAUCCUGGUGUAUCGGCGACGCAUUGGCUGGUUUUUCGUCGAGCAGUCGGUAUCAGACUGUGAGCGUGAGCUCGGACUGAAAUCACAGAGGCAGGGAGAGGGAGGGAGGCAGGGAGGGAGGGAUCAGAGGAGAGCAUGGAGGCAGCGGGGCACACGCGGUCUGCCGCCAUGCAGCAGUCUUUGGACGAUGUGGGAGCAUCUGUGCAGCGUGCUUUGGCCUUGUUGCAUCAACUUCACUGCUCUGUUUCCAGCUUCUCAUUGUCGUCGCAGCUGCUGCUUCUCGAGCGCCUAAAUGGAGUGUUGAAAGAGCUUAUGGUCCUGCAAUCGACUGCACAAAACAUCAGUAUACCUAUCCCACUUGAAGUCGUGAGGUUUAUCGACGAGGGACGGAAUCCGGAUGAGUUUACCAAGGAUCUCUUAAACAACUGCAUUCAGCGAAACCAGUACACGAAAGGAAAAGUAGACUCGUUCAAGAAUUUGAGAAGGCACAUUUUGGAAGAAUUGGAGGAUACCUUUCCUGAAGAAACAGAGACCUACAGGGCGAUACGUUCCCAGGCUGCUGCGGAAAAUCGAAGAGCUUUGCAAAGUCUACAAACCCCUGCAUUAUUGUCCAAUGGAGAUUUGAAAGUCAAGACCGAACAUUAGUGUGUAGGUGGGAUCGAGACUUGACAAUCCUUUUCCAACUGAAGGAGAGAGCUGCAAGGCUGUCUCAGUGUGUCUCACUAACUUAAACCCAUCUGUCACCGCGCUGUUCACCAACCUCCUUUCUCGUCUGUAUCGAAGCUCCCCUCUGGGAGUCCUGGGUACCACAUGUUUUCUCUGAUUUUUGUUUUUCGCGCGCAUUCUUGCAUUGAACUGCUUCUUCUACUCGGAGACAUCAUCAUCAUCACCUGGGCACUGAUCCAUCUGCAAGGGAGUCGAACGCCUAUGUCCAAGGGCUUCAGUUGGCAAGCGAAAGGGUAAGUACAGUCUUUGUUUAUUGUAAUCGAUAGAUUGUGAGAGGCUAGUCAACAGCCUAGCGACCAUAGACACCACGCCCGGAAAGAAAGACCAUGAGAGAAAACAGGUAUGAGGGAGGAGCCAGCAAGACGAAGGUCUGGACGAUUCACAACUGGACACUUCUCUGCACCCAUAGACAGACCACGAGACGUGUGCAGGGAAAUUUGUACUCAUAAAACAACAGGGGUCCUGUGGCUUAGAACAGUGUGCCUGCCUGCCUGCAUCAAUCUUCCGCAAGUUGACUCCGAUAGGUCCGGGAACGGAGGGAUCACUCAAAAGGAGAAGGUCGACGAAAGAGUGGCAAGAGGACUGCUUUCUUUCUUUCAAUGUACGGCAAGUCUUGACAGGCAUAUUAAUUAUUUAUGCGGACUUCAGCAGAAAACUCUCCACGCGGUCUAGCUAGAUAACCAACUGGGCCGAAAUAUUCUCCCCGGAGCUUGCACCUCUGGUGGGCAUAUGCAUCGAAGGUUGUUGAUUGUCACCAGAAGCUUUGAAUCCCUCAGCUUCUCAAUUUGUGAAUAAAUGGUUGAACUCCCGGCUUCGGUCUUCUUGAUCUCUCAAUUCUCUGCAUUUUAUUUGCCCACUCGGUUUGUGCAAGCAUUCACACUUGAUUUUCUGGUUGAUUGUGGUCUCUUCGACACGAUGCCGGACGUGCAUACAUGCAUCGCCGGCUAUGGCUGAAUAAAAGUACGUUUUGGAAGUGCUAAUUUUUACUCUUUCCUCCACAAGUGCACAAGCCAAUCGUGAUCACCGAGCUCCUUCAUUGAAACCCUAAAAUCCUUCAAUGGAAUCAUGAAUGAAACCAUAUUUCCAACUCCAUCGUAGCGAAUGAAACCUACUCAAAUGUGCUUAUGAACCACAAUACGGAGUGAACCUCGACCAUGAAACUGUUGACAGAGUUGAAUUCCAAUGAAGUUCGCUGAACGCACGAGGGAUGAUAUUGGCCGCAUCAACAAAUUGCAUGUUAUCUCGGCCCGCCCACGUGCUUCUGGACUCUCCUACAGACCGAACAGAGAUAUAUUUCCCGUAGUUUUCGCUCGAGCCGGUCACUUGUCUAGUAUUGCCAUU